AUGGACAUGAAACUCUUUGCCAUUUUGCUUGCUCUAGCUAGUAGCAUGCCAACUUGUUGUAAUCCAUCAAUACUGGCCGUAAACAAUCAACACUGCCUAUACUGUCAAAAUGAUGAUCGUGGACACUUGUUUGCCGGAAAUCCAAAUAUUGUCGAAGUUGAUGAUGGCUCUUUGGACAAAAUAACAGAAGCUGUUCUAGCAAAUCAUUUAGUCUUUGUCAUGUUUUAUGCACCAUGGUGUUAUUCAAGUCAUUUAACAGCCAAUCAUUUUGCUGCUGCAGCCGAUCGCCUUAGUACCUUGAUUGUUUUUAUUAGUGUGAAUUGUUGGGUACCUGAUAGUGAAUGCUACAAGAAGUAUAGAUUCGCUCAAUAUCCACAGUUUUACGCUCAUAUGCAAGAUACCAACAAUCCUAUCAUUUAUACUGACGAACCAAUUGCUGCGAAAAUGAGCCUUUUUGUCAGUUACUUGGGAGAAGACUGGUUUAAUUCUACCAUGUAUAGCGAAUUAGUAUUGACUUCUUUGAAAUCAAUUGCCAAUGGUCCUAUCGAUACUAUCGGUUUUGCUGUUAUAACUACGACUGCCUUGGGACGAUAUUACAAAUUCGAUGUUGAUGUUGUACGAUCAGCUGCAUUAUAUGUUUUACCGGAGAAGAAAUUGGAAUAUCCGCGACGAUUACCAUUUGCCAUGGACAACAUUCUUAAUUGGACAAAUUCUAAAAAUAUUAAGCUGGUUAAUGAACUUGUACCAAAUACAUUUUUCUCGGACAAUUUUAUAUCUAACCUCAAAAAGACUCCCUCCGUUAUAAUGUUUACUCCUUUGAAUGAUUCAUCCGUAGCAAGGAAAGUACUUCACGAGUAUAAACUAUCUGCAUUCUCCUAUUGGAAAAAAAGACGUGCCUUAUUGAAACGAAGUAGAAAUGAAAAGACCUGUGAUCUUAGAUCUUAUUGUCUAUCCUAUCCUUCUUCGGAUCAGAAAAUGAACAUUUGUGAUUUCUGCAUGUCGUGCUGCCGCCUUGAUUUUUAUUGUCAUUAUUCGUUACGAAAUAUUCAGCAAAUUUUUAGUGGCUAUUUUAAGCAUCGACGAAACAAACCAACGACUUAUGGUUGUAGUAGUAUAUACUGGACAAAUUACUACCGUUCUCUGACAGUUUUAUCGUCGUAUUGUUGUUUGGAUGAAAGCUCCAGUAAAAUUAUAAAUAAUUCGAAUAUUAGCAAUGCGGAAGCUGGAGUGGAUUUAUAUACAACGAGAAUUCGUAUCCAUAAUAUUUCAUGUAAUGGAAGUAAUAUUGUUAUUGCAUCUGAUGCCUUAUACAAUUACAGCAGUAAAGUUACUCGACAACGUUUCUUUCAUCUUGAAACUACUUGCAAGGAUAAUUGUGUUUUUGGAUCAAGCGCAAUUUUACAGUAUGGGCUAAGUAAUGUUGCUCAUAUAGAUCGAUCCAAGGUAGAACUUCACUUUUAUUACAUUGAUUCUGGAAGUUACUGGCAACUUGCUAUUAAUCUCGGUGUUGAGGAUGGACUGGGAAAGUCGAGAAUUGCUCUUGCCAUCAUUGAUUUAAAUGGUGAAGUUCAGUACGUAGAGAAAGAGAAUCGUCUUUUAACUGUGAAAACUAUCAGUUACUUUCUACAAAGAUAUUUAAGACGUCAACUUGUUCCUAGAAGACGGCACGUAAAUACAACAGUAACCGAUGUAUGCCAACCUACGGAAGAUUACCCGUGCCUUAUCGACAUUUCUUAUUUUAAUUUUAACGAAGUUGUAUUAAAUAAAGAAAAGAAUGUUUUACUCAUUUACUAUGCUCCCGGGUGCGGUGUGUGCCUAGCGCAAUUUCCCACUUAUCUAAAAGUUGUCCAUUACUUUUUACGUUCUCCUAAUAUUACUGUGGCUCGAAUUGAUGGUGAAAGAAACGAUCUACCAGUUCAGUAUAAGGCCUAUAAGUAUCCAGCGCUAAUACUUUUUCCGGCUCAUCGGAAAGGAGAUUCUGUGCCAUUUCCUGAGAAUGAAGUAAUUAGUGUUGCUUCUGUCAUUGAAUUCGUUCUACGUCACUCUUACUGGUAG